CUGUAAGUAGUAUUGGUUGUAUGCGAAAACUAUCACUUCGAGCGCGGGCUUGGAUCUCCGAUGUCUGCUAUGCAAUCCUCGUUCUUGUUACUGGUUGUUUCUUUGCCAUAGCAUGUGCCGCGUUGUUAUCGCAGGCGGUCAGAACAUCACCUGGCAGGUCCUGGACGAACAACUGGGAUGCUGUGAUCGUUGGAGUGACAUACUUGCUUGUGUGCAUCAUAUCCAUCGCGUUGUGCGUGAAACGGCGAAUUGCAGUGCGUCGCCGAUUGCAGAGGAUUUCGAAGACGCACCGUUCGAUCGUUCGGAAUGAGGUUCCUCAGCCCGUUCAUGAGUAUAUUUCGCAAGAAUUUGCGCGUUCUUGCUUGGUGUCAUAUGAAUCGCAGCCACGCAACACAGUUCACAGUGGCUGGGGUCGACCAGGCACUCUACUCAGCGGUAUUCGGUUUCGACGCGCUCUUCUUGAUACGAUCGCGGAAAUAGAUGCCGGAGCACGUCUCGUCAUACCCAGCCAUCCAAAUUUGAAGCCCCAUGCACGCAUGCUGCACCAUUUUAGGUUCCUUCUACCACUCCUGCCAAAGGAUGAAGAAGGUCUCUCGGAAUUGCACUACUACGAUUCAGCCAUACAACUCGCGCGAACGGUGGACAGGGAACCGACGGAAGAAGAAUACCAGCGGGGAAUGGAUGCUGUUGAUUCCAUUCUACAGAUUUUGCGGGAGUGCAGGUCGGAGAUGCUGGAAGAGUCUAGGAUGCAAAUCAAUACUGGGCAGAAUGUGAUCUUAUGAAGGCCACGUCCUAAGAGUCUUUCCACAUCCGCCACCUCCUUAUCUUUGUAUUCCAUCCUAUUCAUCGUUCAGCGCUCCAUCGACGAAUUCCGUGUAACUCGCGGAACAGCAGGCUGAAUCCUAAAAACCAGGGUCUGGAUAUUCCUACACCGCCUGCCGUAUAUAAAUAGCUUGUACGCAACUAUUUUUAAGCUACCCACCUGUCUUCAAAUGGUGGUUACAAGGGAGCCUCAUGCUUCUGUCUGACUUUGGCAUUGUCAGAGACAGCCUGAAGUGGCUGCAGGACAUCACUACGACUGAGGGUUUCAUUCUUAAACAUGGCCUCGUUCUUCCAUAUGCUGAUACUAUUUGCCUCAAG